AUGCUCUAGAUCAAAUCUUUACCACUCAUUUCUGCAGGAUUACUCAGAUUUUUAUGUGGACGUGAGUGGUGAUGAAGUUAAAGAUUCAAGAAAAUGUGAAAAUGGCUGGAUCAACAAGAGAUGGUGGCAGCGAUGACGGUGAAUCGAUGAAGAUUAGCAACAGAAAGGUGGUGAUGGAUGAGAAGAUCUAUGUAGCAGUGACAAAGAGAGAUCUGGAGAGCAAGUCUAGUCUCGUUUGGGCGAUACAGAACACUGGAGGCAGAGAGUUUUGCAUCGUCUAUGUUCAUCAACCGGUCCAUAUCUCAAUCCCGGGAGCAAGGUUCGACGAGCACAAACUGCGGCGUUACAGAAAGAAGAAGAAGAGAGCACUUAAUAAUCUGGACAAGUACCUUCAUAUUUGCAGGCAAAUGCAGGUCAGUGCAGAGACGAUAUAUAUUGAAAUGGAUUCCAUAGAGGAAGGUAUACUCCAAUUGAUAUCUCAGCAUGGAAUUAAGAAACUUGUCAUGGGAGCAGCAGCUGAUAGACACUAUUCAAUGAAAAUGAGAGACUUGCAGUCCAAGAAAGCUAUUUACAUUCGCAGAGAAGCACCAGAUACUUGCCAUAUAUGGUUUCCCUGCAAUGGAUACCUAAUUUUUACAAGAGAAGCUAGAAGAAGAGAAAUCUUGUAUCUAGAAGGUACAUCGUCAAGUUAUUUGAGCCAAUCCAAGAUUACUAAAGGAACUGAAAGGGUUCCAAGUUCGAGUAUGGCUAAAGAUGAUGUUGGGAACCAAGUAGCUCUCAUAGAAGCUGAGAGAGCAAAAAGGGAAACACUCUUUGAGGCGUCUAAGCGUGAAGAAGCUGAAAAAUCUGCAAUUGAUGCAAUCAAAAGGGCUAAAGACUCGGAAAAUAGGUAUCUCAAUGAGUUGAAGCGUAGGAAGGAAACAGAGAAGGCACUGAAAGAAGCUAAAGAACAACUUGAAAAGAUGAGAUCAGAAUCCGAGUCACGAAUUGCUGAAUCAAGUAUGGUGAUCAGAGAGCUCCAAGGCGAUCAUUGCGUAUUAAUGGAAGUGUUGAGAAGACUUGGAGAUGAACGUGAAGAGUUGAAGAUAAAGCUUCGCAAAGUAUCAAAGCUGAAGAGUAAACGAGAGGGAGAGGAAGUGUCUCCCUCUAGGGACCCUGAACUGCCUCAAUACUUCUUAUGUCCCAUUACACAGGAUGUGAUGGAGGAUCCACAGGUAGCAGCAGACGGUUUUACAUAUGAAGGAGAGGCCAUACGUUGUUGGCUUGAUAGUGGACACGAGACUUCUCCAAUGACAAACAAAAGGCUUAUUCACACAAGCUUGGUUCCAAAUCUUUCUCUUCGAUCUGCAAUCCAAGAAUGGCUUCAAGAUUCAAGCUCCUGGACCAUUGAACCAGUUCCUCCCUUUGUAAAAGACUUGAUCAAAAAGAGCUUGAGGUCCUUAGAGGCUAAUUAAGGAAGCUCACUCACUGUUCUCUGAAGACGAGUUCGAGUCUUGGUGCAAUUCUCCUGGGGACGUUUUUCUUUAUUUUUAAUUGGUUUGUGUUUUGACGUUUUGUAGUAGAACACUCAUUGUUCUAUCACUAGCCGUGUUUGGUAUGAGUCAGCCAUUUGUAAACUGUAAUAUGAUAUUG